AUGUCUACGCAACCAAAGCUUGGUCGGCUUCCCAGUAUCAGAGACAGAGUGGAAGACACUCUCUCAGCUCACCGGAAUGAACUCAUUUCUCUCCUCUCCAGGUAUGUGGCUCAGGGGAAAGGGAUUUUACAACCCCAUAACUUGAUUGAUGAACUUGACAAACUCCCUGGUGAUGAUCAGUCAAGAGUGGAUCUUAAAAAUGGUCCCUUUGGUGAAAUUAUCAAGUCUGCACAGGAAGCCAUAGUUUUGCCUCCUUUUGUGGCAAUAGGAGUUCGUCCAAGACCUGGUGUUUGGGAAUAUGUCCGUGUUAAUGUCUCUGAACUCAGCGUGGAGCAAUUAAGUGUUCCUGAAUAUCUCAGCUUCAAGGAAGAACUUGUGGAUGGAAAGCAUAAUGACAAUUUUGUACUGGAACUUGAUUUUGAACCAUUUAAUGCCUCAUUUCCUCGUCCAUCGCGUUCAUCGUCCAUUGGCAAUGGUGUCCAAUUUCUCAAUCGCCACCUUUCAUCAAUUAUGUUCCGCAACAAAGAUUCCUUCGAGCCCUUGCUUGAUUUCCUCCGAGCUCACAAAUACAAGGGCCAUGCUCUGAUGUUAAAUGAUAGAAUACAAAACAUUUCAAAACUCCAAGCUGCUUUGGCCAAGACUGAGGAUUAUCUUUCUAAGCUUGCACGUGAAACACCCUAUUCAGAGUUUGAAUAUGUAUUACAAGGAAUGGGUUUUGAGAGAGGUUGGGGUGAUACUGCUGAAAGGGUAUUGGAAACCAUGCAUCUGCUACUGGAUAUUCUUCAGGCUCCUGAUCCUUCUACACUGGAGACUUUUCUUGGCAGAGUGCCAAUGGUAUUCAAUGUUGUUAUAUUAUCUCCUCACGGCUUCUUCGGACAAGCCAAUGUCUUGGGUUUGCCUGACACUGGUGGGCAGGUUGUUUAUAUACUAGAUCAAGUGCGUGCCCUUGAAAAUGAGAUGCUCCUUCGGAUCAAGAAACAAGGACUUGAUUUCACUCCUAGAAUUCUAAUUGUUACCAGGUUAAUACCUGAUGCAAAGGGGACAACUUGCAACCAGCGACUAGAAAGAGUCAGUGGUACUGAGCACACUCAUAUUUUGCGUGUUCCAUUCAGAUCAGAGUCAGGAACUCUCCGAAAAUGGAUUUCAAGAUUUGAUGUGUGGCCUUAUCUCGAGACUUAUUCAGAGGAUGUUGCCAGUGAAAUUGCUGCUGAGUUACAAGGUUAUCCUGACUUCAUCAUUGGAAACUACAGUGAUGGGAAUCUUGUUGCAUCUUUAUUGGCUUAUAAAAUGGGAGUUACACAGUGCACAAUCGCCCAUGCACUUGAGAAGACAAAAUAUCCUGAUUCAGAUAUAUAUUGGAAGAAAUUUGAGGAUAAAUAUCAUUUUUCAUGCCAGUUUACUGCUGACCUAAUAGCCAUGAAUAAUGCAGACUUUAUCAUCACCAGUACUUACCAAGAGAUUGCAGGAACGAAGAAUACCGUUGGACAGUAUGAGAGCCACACUGGUUUUACUCUUCCUGGGCUGUAUAGGGUUGUCCAUGGCAUUGAUGUUUUUGAUCCUAAGUUCAAUAUUGUCUCUCCUGGAGCAGAUAUGUCAAUAUAUUUCCCCUACUCUGAAAAGCAGAACAGGCUUACAUCCCUACAUGGUUCAAUUGAAAAGCUAUUGUAUGAUACUGCGCAGACUGAUGAAUACAUUGGAUCACUGAAAGACAAGUCAAAGCCAAUAAUUUUCUCCAUGGCAAGGCUAGACAGAGUGAAAAACAUAACUGGAUUGGUAGAAUGUUUUGCUAAGAACUCCAAAUUGAGGGAACUGGUCAACCUUGUUGUAGUAGCUGGUUACAUUGAUGUUAAGAAGUCCAGCGACAGAGAAGAAAUUGCAGAAAUUGAGAAGAUGCAUGGUCUUAUGAAAGAGUACAAUUUAAAUGGUGAUUUUAGAUGGAUUGCUGCCCAAACAAAUAGGGCACGUAACGGGGAGCUGUAUCGCUACAUAGCAGACACACAAGGUGCUUUCGUUCAGCCUGCUUUCUACGAAGCUUUUGGGCUCACAGUUGUGGAGGCCAUGACUUGUGGACUCCCCACAUUUGCUACUUGCAAUGGUGGUCCUGCUGAGAUCAUCGAGCAUGGUAUAUCAGGAUUCCACAUUGAUCCUUAUCACCCUGAUCAAGCUUCAGAGCUAUUGGUUGACUUCUUCCUGAAGUGCAAGAAGGACCCAAGUCAUUGGAAGAAAAUAUCUGAUGGUGGUCUUCAAAGAAUUUAUGAAAGGUACACGUGGAAGAUUUAUUCCGAAAGGCUCUUGACCUUGGCCGGAGUUUACAGUUUCUGGAAAUACGUUUCCAAAUUAGAGAGGCGUGAAACUCGACGAUAUCUUGAGAUGUUCUAUAUCCUCAAGUUCCGCGGUUUGGCAAAUUCUGUGCCGCUAGCAAAGGAUGAUUGA